AUGGCGCCCAAGACAAAAUUCGAGCUCAAGACCCCCAAGGGCACAAAGGACUGGGAGGGAAAGGAUAUGGUCAUUCGUGAUCAUAUCUUCAACACCAUUACCCAAGUUUUCAAGCGCCACGGCGGAGUCACAAUUGAUACCCCUGUCUUCGAGCUUAGAGAGAUUCUCGCCGGCAAAUAUGGAGAGGACAGCAAGCUCAUCUACGAUCUCGCCGACCAAGGUGGUGAGAUCUGCUCCUUGCGAUAUGACUUGACCGUCCCCUUCGCCCGCUUCCUCGCCAUGAACAAGCAAAUCCAGAACAUCAAGCGAUACCACAUUGCCAAGGUCUACCGUCGAGAUCAGCCCGCCAUGACCAAGGGCCGUAUGCGAGAAUUCUACCAGUGCGAUUUCGACAUUGCUGGAACCUACGACCCCAUGCUGCCCGACGCCGAGGUUCUCCGCAUCAUCACAGAAGUCUUUGAGGGGCUUGGCUGGAACGGUGGAUACACGAUAAAGCUGAAUCACAGGAAGAUCCUCGACGGUAUCUUCCAGGUCUGCGGCGUGCCUGAAGACAAGAUCCGCACCAUCUCCUCGGCUGUCGACAAGCUCGACAAGCUGCCCUGGGCUGAUGUGCGCAAGGAAAUGACCGAGGAAAAGGGACUCGACGGCGAGGUCGCUGACCGAAUUGGAGAGUGGGUUGUCCUGAAGGGCAAGCAAGAUCUGCUCAAGAAGUUGCAGAGCACAGAGAGUCUGGCCGCCAACGAGUCCAUGAAGAAGGGUAUGGAGGAUCUUGAACUUCUUUUUGAAUACCUCGAGGCUUUCAACUGCCUGGACCGGGUUUCUUUUGACCUCAGCCUGGCUCGAGGUCUUGACUACUACACCGGCCUCAUCUACGAGGUUGUCACUCAAGGUUCUGCCCCCGAAGUUACCCCCGGUCAGGAGAAUACGGAUUCCAAGCCUUCCAAGAAGAAGGGCAAGAAGGGCGGAGAGGAUGAUGACCGCUCUGAUGACCCCACUGUUGGCGUUGGAAGUGUGGCUGCUGGAGGCAGAUACGACAACCUCGUCGGCAUGUUCUCUGGCAAGAGCCAAAUUCCUUGUGUCGGUAUUUCUUUCGGCGUCGACAGAAUCUUCUCUAUUACCAAGGCUAAGUUGGCUGCCGAGAAGAGUGCCGCCGUCCGCAGCAAUGACGUUGACGUCUAUGCUGAGUUUCUCUACAAAGUCAAGCCUAAGCUUCCUGCGCAAUUCAAGGCAGCCGAGGCUAACGGCGUGCCUUUUGCAAUCUUCCUUGGUGAUGACGAGGUCGCCUCAGGCAAGGUCAAGAUCAAGGAGAUGGGACUUCAGGAGGGUCACCCUGAGAAGGAAGGUAUUCUUGUCUCUCAGGAAGAUAUGGCCAAGGAGAUCAAAGUCCGCCUUCAACGAAAACGCGAGCUCGAUGCGAUGACCACACAGGCCGAAGGCCUCCGAGUGGUUCACGGUAUUAAGGGCAAUGCGAAGGAUGCAGAGAAGAAGGAGGAGAGUGCUAAGCCUGAAACUACUACACCAGCAGCGGCCGAGCCGGCUCCAGAAACGGAAGAGCAAAGCCCCGCCAACCCAUCGGCGUAG